UGAGUAACUUUUUUAAAGUUGAUUAUUCUCGCUCCUGAUAUUUCAGAAAAAAAAGACAAGAUAGAUAUUUAAUUUCUGAUUAAACUUAUUUCUACAGAAAUUAUUAUAAUUCCAGAAAUAGUUAGUUUUGGAUUGCAAUUAUGGCGUUCCAAUCGAGUAGCUUAGUAGUAUUAUCUUCUUCAUCAACUUGCAACUUUCUUCCAUGGACACUCUCCAAAUUCCAAUUCCAUCUUUCCACUCGGAGCUUGAAUUGCCGCUGUAAAUGUGGAUUAUCUGCUGAAGAUGAUUUCAAAUUUGUGCUUCAUGACGCGCUUGAUUUUUCCGGCGUAGAUACGUCCCACGCCAGGGUCAAUUUAUCUGCUUUAAGUAAAAAUUUUCAUGUGGUGUGGCUGCUUAUUGAUGAAUGGAAUAGUCUAUUCGAUCAAUUUUAUUGCGAAAUUCGGUAAUCUGCAACUAUUAUUCUAAGUAGGUCGUGAUCAAUACGGAAAGCAUUGUUAUGGUUUAUAUCUGAAUUUAAACUGAAUUCAGAAUUUAAAGUCUGGUCUUCUAAGUGUGCUUGCAGAAUCAGAAUGAUAUUAUUGAUUUCGUGUUGAUUUUUAUCCCUCAAAAAUCUGGAAUCUGCAAGCAAGUUUUUGUGUUAUAGCGUCGCUGAUGGCGGAAGAAUGUGUUGAAUGUCGUGUUGAAAGUGAUUACAGAAUGUGCUGUGAUUCUUGUUGAGGAAUGUGGAAUAAUGGGUAAAUUCCGCGAAUGUACGUCAUGGGAGAUGAUAUCCGCCAUUUGUACUCGGAAAAAAAACAUUUCCAGUGAUGGGAAAGACGCGUGAGCCUCUCGCGUCUUUGAUAAACACGCAUGACGCUCUCGCGUCUUUGAUUAAACACGCGUGACGCUCUCGCGUGUUUGCAUUGGAUACAUGUUCCAGUCCAGGCGGCAGAAACUUCACUUCCACCUCGCUCACUCUCUCACUCUCAGCGACGCUCAACGUCUCUAGCCGGCGGAAAUCGAAGUGAAUCCGAUAUUUUGAUGCUCUAAUUCCUAUUUUAAGUGGUGUUAGGUUUGAUGGUGUUUGUGAGUUUAUAUUGGGAUGAGAAAAUUAUUCAGCUCCCAGGUUUGAGUGUUGCUUAUGAUCCCCUCGUGCAAAAUCAUUUAUUAUAUUGAAUGAAAAUAUAUCUUAUUAUCAGCUAGUUUCAAUGAUAUGUGAAAAAAUUGGAAUUGAUUUGGAUGCACAUACGAUUGAUUUAACAUGGAGGCAUCCUGUGGUUUUUAGUGGAGUGGUGAAUUAUAUAGCUACACCAGUGGAUGAUAAUUUGUUGGAGUAUAUGUUUGCUGAAAAUCCACGUCAAAUUGAACUUUUUAUUGAAUAUACUCCGGUUACUACUGCUUUGCAAUUUGAACCACCUAUCACUCAUCAUGAUGUUGGAACGUCUAGGAGAGAUGAUUAUCAUAGUUUUGAUGUCGGGACAUCUAGGAGAGAUGAUGAAUAUCAUAGCUUUGAAUUCAACACAUUUGGGAGGGAGGUUGAUGAACAACUAGAUGUACCAAAUGUGACAUGUGAUGGUUAUGAUGGUUCAGAUGGUUCUGAUAAUUGUGAUGGUUCUGAUUGUGAUGGUUCCGAUGGUUCUCAACCAAGUGAUCUUGAUUAUAGUGCAGAAUCAUGUGAAGAUUCUACAAACGAGACACUUGAUAUGAUGGUUGAGAAUUAUGUACAACCAUAUGUUCGUGGGGAGCAACCCGUUCCUGACUAUGUACAACCAUCUGUUCGUGGGGAGAACGCAGUGUUGACAUCUUUAGUCAUGUUGAUUCCCGAUACCAUACAGAUGUUUGGAUUCACCGGUACGCAGCUGCGUGCCGUCCAUUGAGACACCAAGAUUAUUGGUAUGAAUCUGAAUGGACGUUGGAAUGUUCACCAGCACGGCUACUUCCUCGUUCACGUGGGCGGUACAACAGAGGCAGGAUACACAACAAAUGGAUGAGCGCGAAGAAGAUGCGCCAAGAGCUCCUCCUCGAUGUCGCCUUUGUGGAGAGACCGACCACAAUAGAAGAAAGUGCACUUUAGGACGUGUUGUGUAGUCAUAUUAUAUUUGAGAAUCGUGUUUGAGGCUUGAAUUUUAUUAUGUUUACGAACAGUAUUUUAGAUUUUCUAACCAUGUUUAAGACUGAAAUGACAUUCUUAAGUAAUAUUGUUACGUUUAAGACUGAACAGUAUUAGAGCCGA